AUGUGUCCUAGUGGUGGAACGGUUUAUCGACAUUCUAAUGGAGAGAUCUACGAGUGCCAAUCUAGCGCUCAAUGUCCUGCCGGGCAUGAAUGCUUGAAAUCGGUAUUGCAAACAGGAGGCGAAGUGCGUUACUGUUGUCCGUCACAGCAACAUAUCUGCAAGCAGCAACCUGACAUUGGAGACGACUGUGGGCAAAGUGUUCUGAGGUACUCUUUCAACUCGACUUCGCAACAAUGCCAACCGUUGACGUUCCUUGGUUGUGGAGGAAAUCCAAACAACUUCGCUUCAAUGGAAGUUUGCUACAACUUUUGCUUCAGUGCAGCGUGUGCUGUUUCCGAAUCCGUAUACAUUUCUCCGUCCACUGGAUCAGCUCAUGACUGUUCCAAAACACCAUGUCCCUUAGGAUACUCAUGCGUUCCCGACUCAUGGAACACAACAAGA